AUGAGAGAUUUGGUUGCUCAGUUAGAGGUUAGGGCACCUGCACGUAUGUAUGCUAUCCGAGCGAGAGAAGAAGCUACAGCUCCUGACGUAAUUGCUGGUACAUUCUAUCUUUUUUAUGUUACUAUCUAUGCAUUGAUUGACCUUGGGUCUACACAUUCUUAUGUUUGUAUUGCAUUAACAUCAGAAAAGAAACUGUAUGUUGAACCCACUGAUUAUGAUUUUCAAGUCACUAAUCCAUUAGGCCAGAGUGUGAUAGUUAAUUUAGUGUGUCGAAAUUGUCCACUGAAAGUAAAAGGUUGUGAAUUCUCUGCUGAUUUGAUGUUGCUAUCAUUUCGGGAAUUUGAUGUUAUACUAGGAAUGGAUUCGUUAACGAAGCAUGAUGCUGUAGUAAAUUGUACAGAAGAACGGAUUUAUCUGAAAUGUCAGACAGGGGAAGAAUUGUCGGGUUUACCACCUGAUAAUGAAGUUGAAUUUGUAAUGGAUGUAAUUUCGGAAAUAGCUCCAAUAUCGAUAACACCAUACCGUAUGGCACUAGCUGAGUUAAAGGAAUUAAAGACCCAGUUGUAA